CCCCUGAGUGUCCCUGCUGGAUCGCCGAGUUGAGUUUGACAAGAGAGUUAUCACUGUUGAACUUCACACAAGUUUGUCUGUUACUCCUUAAACCAUUUUGAAAACAGGUAGUAGCACUAAAACCGACUUUGAGGAACCCAAGCUGUCACUUUAAGGCAAUCAUGGAGCGCUCCAAACAGAAACAAAUGAGUCAAAAUGAAAAUGAAACAGAUGCCGCGAUCAAUGGGCACUUUGACGGACGGGCGAAAGUUCCCGGAUGGAGCGCCGGUGGUGCCGCUGGGACCCCGAGCACCGUGCCGUCCUCCAGCGUGAUGGAGAGCUGGCGUGAAGAACGCACUCGCAGUCUGGAAGACAAUGAGAUGAGCCUGCCGAGCAUCGCCGCGGCGUACACCACGAUCCUCAGGGGGCUCGGGGAAGAUCCGCAGCGGCAGGGGCUCCUCAAAACUCCGUGGAGAGCCGCCACCGCCAUGCAGUUCUUCACCAAGGGUUAUCAGGAAAAAAUCAUCGAUGUCCUGAAUGACGCAAUCUUUGAUGAAGACCAUGACGAGAUGGUGAUCGUGAAGGAUAUUGACAUGUUUUCCAUGUGUGAACACCAUUUAGUUCCCAUUUUUGGCCGGGUGCACAUAGGUUACCUUCCAAACAAGAGGGUUCUUGGUCUGAGUAAACUAGCAAGGAUUGUUGAGAUAUAUAGCAGGAGAUUGCAAGUUCAGGAGCGUCUAACCAAACAGAUUGCAGUCGCCAUCACUGAAGCGUUACAGCCUGCUGGGGUCGGGGUGGUCAUCGAAGCAACUCACAUGUGUAUGGUUAUGCGAGGCGUCCAGAAGAUGAACAGCAAGACUGUGACCAGCACCAUGCUUGGUGUUUUCCGUGAGGACCCCAAGACACGAGACGAGUUCCUGAGCCUGAUCCGGAGCUGAGGGUCCGUGUUCACUCUCCACUGCCAAAACACUCUAACCAGCCCUCUUCUCAAACGCCUCCCUGGAUCUACGGAUCCUUCAUCUCUGGUUCUGCCUCCGGACGAGGCCCUGCUGCUGUGUAACAUAGUGUCCCAUCGGUAACACCUUCUCGUCUGUGUCUCGUGUGUGGAUGUGUGUGUUUUGUGCACGUUUUAGUCAGUAGAGCUGUGGGAGCCUCUAUUGACGGGACUGUGGCUAUUACUGUUAAAUGGAAGCAUUGUGUUUUGAAGGACGUCUUAGAUUAACACAAUUUCACCUCUUUAAACUGACAAGAACCAAACCCACCGAAAUCUGUUUAGAUCUCUUUCCGGCUGUGUCACAUUCAUUCUCUAUUCAACGCAAUUGAGUUGCUUGAAAUACGCAAACAAAGUGGUUUUAUUUUCACGCUCCUGAACAGGGAGGUGCAUGUCAUUCUGAAUAUUUGAAUAAUUACAUAAAAGUACUGUUGAGGAACAAUGGUACGGUAACGGUAAUGAAUAGAACCACUAAAUAAUUACAAAUAUUCUUACACCUUGAUAUUUACAUUGUACUUCAAAGAUUGUUAUGGUAUUAUAAUGGUACAUAUCCAAAAACCUAGUAUUGCAAAAAAAGCACCACUUUUUAUAAGUGAAUAAAUCCAGACUGGUUUUAUUGUUGUUUUACUAUGUGCUGAAAAUGUAUUAUGGCUACGCUGUCUCAUAAUGUAAUAUUUAAUAUAAUGUAUGCGUCCUGUGUGCAUCAGUCAGUAAUUGUGCCCAGACCCAAAGUAUCAUCUGCUCUUGAAAGGAUGGUUCAUCCGGAAAUGAAACUCACCCUCAUGUUAUCCACACACGUUUUGCCUUAAACGUGACAUAUGAAAUGUUAGUCUGAAAAAAAAAAUGAUGUUUUUCUAAUGGAACGGUUUAUUGAAGCAUACUUUUAAGGUUACAUGUUUGUGUUUUUUGUUGAGUAUUAUGUUUGAUACAUCAAGUUUUUAUGGCUCAUAUAGUAGAAUAUAGGAAAAUGUCAUAAAAAAUAAAAAUAAAAACCUAAAUUUUAUUCAGAGGUCCAAAUUUUAUGAAAAUAUUCACUUUUGCUGUUAAUAUAAACACCGUUUUUGCAUUAUUACAUGAUUUUUAAGCAAACUACCCUCACAAAUUCACAUUAUUGUAAUGUUAAAAAUAAAUGUUUUACCAAUUUUUAUCAUGGUGAUUUUAUGGAGUUUAUAUUCAAGGAGGCAAAAUACAUCAGAAGUCGAGACUGAGUGAAAAUAUGCAGUUUGGUAUUUAAAUGAUUAUUUUACUAUCAAAGCUCUGUAGUUUUGAAACAUAUAAUGCAAUGCAAUUCAACUAUGAUAAAGAGACGUAUAAAUAAAUGUAGCUGAAAUCCUGAUGUAUUUUAAUCAAGUUUUAAUAUGAUUUUUUCAUAUUUCAUAAAAUGUUUUAACUUGUAUGGAUAAUGGAUUAAACUUAAGUUGCUUCAA